UGCGUACCAAAGCCAAAUGCUUGAAGAGAGAGACAGGAGCCAGCCAUGAAUCCCUUCCAGAAAAAUGAUUCCAAGGAAACUCUUUUUUUACCUGUCUCUACUGAAGAGGUACCACCUCGACCCCACAGCUUUCCAAAGCAGUCAUCUCCGAAAAUCUGUGGCUCCAACUAUCCACUGAGUAUUGUCUUCAUUGUGGUGAAUGAAUUCUGUGAGCGCUUUUCCUAUUAUGGCAUGAGAGCUGUGCUGACCCUGUAUUUCCUGUAUUUCCUGCAUUGGAGUGAAAACACUUCCACAUCUGUGUACCAUGCCUUCAGCAGCCUCUGUUACUUCACUCCCAUCCUGGGAGCAGCCAUUGCUGACUCAUGGUUGGGAAAAUUCAAGACAAUCAUCUAUCUCUCCUUGGUGUAUGUGCUUGGCCAUGUGAUCAAGUCCAUGGGUGCCUUACCAAUACUGGGGGGACAAAUGUUACACACAGUCCUGUCAAUGGUUGGCCUGAGUCUAAUAGCUUUGGGGACAGGAGGUAUCAAACCCUGUGUGGCAGCUUUUGGUGGAGACCAGUUUGAAGAAAAACAUACAGAGGAACGGACUAGAUUCUUCUCAGUCUUCUACCUCUCCAUCAAUGCAGGGAGCUUGAUUUCUACAUUUGUCACACCCAUGCUGAGAGGAGAUGUGCAGUGUUUUGGGAAGGACUGCUAUGCAUUGGCUUUUGGAGUUCCAGGAUUGCUUAUGCUGAUAGCUCUUGUUGUGUUUGCAAUGGGAAGUAAACUAUACAGAAAACCACCUCCUGAAGGAAACAUACUGAAUCAAGUGGUCAAAUGUAUCUGGUUUGCCAUUUCCAGCCGUUUCAAGAACCAUUCUGGGGACAGUCCUAAGCGAGAGCACUGGCUGGACUGGGCAGCUGAGAAAUACCCAAAGCAGCUCAUUAUGGAUGUGAAGGCACUGACCAGGGUACUGUUCCUUUAUAUUCCAUUGCCCAUGUUCUGGGCACUUUUGGAUCAGCAGGGCUCACGAUGGACCUUGCAAGCCACCAGGAUGAAUGGGAAUUUGGGUUUCUUUGUGCUUCAACCUGAUCAGAUGCAGGUGCUAAAUCCCUUUUUGGUUCUUAUCUUCAUACCAUUGUUUGACCUUGUCAUUUAUCGUCUGGUCUCUAAGUGUGGCAUUAACUUCACAUCGCUUAGGAAAAUGGCUGUUGGUAUGAUCCUAGCAUGCCUGGCUUUUGCAGUUGCUGCUGCUGUAGAGAUAAAAAUUAAUGAAAUGGCCCCACACCAGCCAGAUUCCCAAGAGAUUUUCCUACAAGUCUUAAAUCUGGCAGAUGAUGAGGUGAAGGUAACAGUGCUCAGCGAUGAAAAUAACACUCUGUUGGCAGAGUCCGUCAAAUCUUUUCAGAAUAUGCCACACUAUUCCAAACUCCACUUGAAGACAAAAAGCCAGAAUUUCCACUUCCUAUUGAAAUAUCACAAUGUGUCUGUCUAUACUGAGCAUUCUGUGGAGGAGAAAAUAUGGUACACCCUCAUCAUUCGAGAAGAUGGGGAAAGUAUUUCUAGUGUGAUGGUGAAGGAUGAAGAAAACAAAACAACCAAUGGGAUGAUAGCCAUGAGGUUUGUUAACACUUUGCAUGAAGAGGUCAAUGUCUCCCUGGGUACAGAUGCAUCCCUCAUUGUUGGUGAAGACUAUGGUGUGUCUGCUUACAGAACUGUUCAAAGAGGAGAAUAUCCUGCAGUGCAUUGUAGAACACAGAAUGAGGAUUUUUCGCUGAAUUUGGGCCUAUUAGACUUUGGUGCAAUUUAUCUGUUUGUUAUUACUAAUAGAACCAAUCAGGGUCCUCAGGCCUGGAAGAUGGAAUACAUCCCAGCCAACAAAAUGUCCAUCGCAUGGCAGCUACCACAAUAUGCUCUUGUUACAGCUGGGGAGGUCAUGUUCUCUGUCACAGGACUUGAGUUUUCUUAUUCUCAGGCUCCCUCUAGCAUGAAGUCUGUACUCCAGGCGGCCUGGUUGUUGACAGUUGCAGUUGGGAAUAUCAUCGUGCUUAUUGUAGCACAGUUCAGUGGCCUGGUUCAGUGGGCCGAAUUCAUUUUGUUUUCCUGCCUCUUGCUGGUGGUCUGCCUGAUCUUCUCCAUCAUGGGAUACUACUAUGUUCCUUUAAAGCCAAGGGAUGUUCAGGGGUCAACAGAUAAGCAGACCCCCAAAAUCCAAGGAAAUAUGAUCAACCUGGAAACCAAGAAGACAAGGCUCUAAUGGUUCCCUAGACUCUGCCCAGACCCCAGUUCCUGACUCUGGUCUUGGCCAUCACCAUCUUCAAGCAUUUUUCACUCCAGCUUGGUUAAAAGAGAGAAAUAGUAUCAUAUCCAAGUUGAUUGCCUCUACUUUUCUCCCAUGAUAGAGGCAGGACUAGGUUUUUCAGUGCAUUACAGGAAGGCCCCUGAAACUCUAUGUCUUCCCAUAUGUCAGUGAACUCAGUAAACAGUGUGUAGCAUUGCUGAAGCUGACCUGCUGUCUCCAAAAACACAAAUGUAGAAUUGAGAUUGGUCUCUGUGGUUAUCAAAGUUAUGUAGAAAUUCUUUUACCUGCUAUUUAGAACUGAUUGUCCCACUCUCUGAAGUGCUGAUUCAGGGGAAAAAUUGCAGAAUUAACAGAGAAAUGAUAUUUUAAUGUUCUUCAUUAGCAGUGUAAUUGUACUGCUUACAAGAACUUCAAGAAUUGGUAUGUCUGGUGUGAUCUGGUCCAGGACCUGCUUUGUCAGCUAUCUAGGUCUGAUAAGACCUUAGUAAAUUUUUCAGUAUAGAUAGUAGGAGAAAAAUUAAAUUUUAAUAACACAUAGGAGAUGAUAUAUCUUUCUGAUAAUUAGUCUUUUAUCUACUAACCCAAAUGCCCUUUCUCAGUACUGAUACAUCCUUGGAAACCAAAUUAAAGAGAAUAAACAUGGUUCUGGAAAACAGAACAAGUAUAAACUGUGGAAGUCCUGAUAAGCCAGUCUUCUUGUGUACACUCUUCUUAGGUACUACAUUGUUUCAGCCCUAGAUCAUACCCUUCUGUGGACAACUGUAUAGAAGACACUAAUUAUAACUUUCCAACUCUGUCUUUUCAGUGUUGUUAGGUGAGGUUUUCCUUAUUAUCACAUUGCUUGCUUGUUGCAACAAGUAUUUAAUAACAACAGUAUUUGGCUCAACUGGUAAAGAAUCCACCUGCAAUGUGGGAGACCUGGGUUCAAUCCCUGGAAGAUCCCCUUGAGAAGGUAAGACUACCCACACCAGUAUUCUGGCCUGGAGAAUUCCAUGAACUGUAUAGUCCAUGGGGUUGCAAAGAGUCAGACACAACUGAGCGACUUUCACUUUCACUUCCAUUUUAUUAGUACUUCCUUUGGCCUCAAAGCAGUGGAUCAGUUUUGAUAACUUUUACUGUUUUGACAAAUUUUAAAUGACUUUUUUUUUUUUUUUAAGUUAUCUUAACACUCUACGUUUGAGCUUCUAAAAUGGCAAUGCUCAAUGAAGGGCAUGGUCGCAUAUCAGGAUUCUAACAAAAUCUGGGGGUUAGAGUGGUAGAAUAUGACAGGGUUUUGUUUGCUUGUUGCUGUGUUGGUGAAAAAAGUUGAGAAAUAUUACCUUACACACAAUGAAUGACUCAGUGGAAAGACAUGGGAAUAUCAUGGCUCUACUGUGUAUUGCUGGGGGACAAGUUCAAACAUUUCCAUUGGUUUUGCUGCAUUAUUCUCAUCUAGAACUGUUUUGAGUCAGUCACAUUAUAAACAAAACAAAGCAAGUUGCUCCAGUUUCCCAGGCUUUAGUACUCUAAUUUCAGUUACCGAGUUUUCAGAAAUACCGAAGUGAAAGCAACACUAUCCAUUUUCGACAGAUACAUUAUUGUGAACUUGACUGUGCUUCUUCAGAAGAUAAUCUGUUCAUUUUUGAAGCAGCUUUAACUUCACCUAUUCUAUGAACUACUGUCUCAAAAGAUAUUAACAGUGCUCUGUGAAUAAAAGUUUCUAUGGUUAAAUAAAUUUUGGAAAUGAA